UCGUGUUUGCAUGAACACAUCUAGCUAGACUGUUUCCGGAACGGAAAAAAAAACACUGAAUGUUAAUAUAAUUCCACAAAAAGGAAGGGAAAGCGAGAAAACUGAACAAAAAGGUCUACUUUAGUUAAAGAAAGGCAAUCUUAUGACACUUGAGAAGAAACACCCAGUUAAAGACGAAAACGGGAAGGCCUGGGUUUUAAACCAUUCAUACCCCUUCGGUAACUAUGACAAUCUCUAUCGUUCUCAGCCAAUCGCAAACGUCCUUUUCUGUCUCCCGUACACGCUUUACGCCAUCUUGAAAUUUCACCCGCAGUUCAUCAAGUCGCUCUCAAAUUAAAAGAAGCACAACAACUCUUUUCAUCAUUGCUACUGAGCUCGGUAUGAACAGUUCACGAAACAAACAGGCACCGACAGUCAGCAAAGGUCAGACGGACGCAGACACCGGCUCGGAGACGACUCACAGGGAGCGAAAGCCUGGUGGAGGAAUGCUGAAGAAGCUGAAGUCGAGGCGCAGUCAAACGGAUAAGUGGCCUGUAGUCACAGAGGAUGAACUCCGGGCUCUGGGAAGAGAUAUUACCCCGGACAAUGUCCUGGGUCUCCGGGUAGUCACGGAGGACUAUCUGUGCAAACUUGAAGACAAUAUCUACAACAUUGACUUCACACGUUUCAAAAUCCGAGAUCUGGAGACAGGAACGGUGCUGUUUGAGAUUGCCAAACCUCCAAACAGCGGUUCUGUGGAGGGUGAAGACGAGAGUGGAGACGUAGACACCAGUGCAGGGCGUUUUGUCCGCUAUCAGUUUACACCAGCCUUCCUAAAACUGUGCACUGUUGGUGCAACUGUGGAGUUCACAGUGGGCGACCGGCCCAUCAACAACUUUCGUAUGAUUGAGAGGCAUUACUUCCAGGGACGCCUUCUCAAGAACUUUGACUUUGACUUUGGCUUUUGCAUUCCCAACAGCCGCAACACAUGUGAACACAUUUAUGAGUUUCCACAGCUUCCAGAUGACCUCAUUCGCCAAAUGGUGGCACACCCUUACGAGACCAGAUCAGACAGUUUCUACUUUGUGGACAACAAACUCAUUAUGCACAAUAAGGCAGACUAUGCCUACAAUGGUGGUCUGUAAUACCCGCAGGGGGGAAAUGUUUGCAAUACUUCGCAGGGGAUUGAUUUCCUGCAUUACAACCAUCCAAAAGCUUCUUUUUUGGGGGGACAUAAGUAUUCUCUCCUUUUGUGUACAUUCCACCUAACGCGACAACAUUCUUCAGAACCAAGUGACCACAUCUGCCUUCACAUGGAAUCAUGGAUCCAUUCAUCAAUAGAGCUCAGUUUCUGGGACUAUGAGGAAUGUUCGCUCAGAUAUUUCUCUGUUAAAUCCAACUGAAACCUUUUUGUUCCGUCUCUCGGUUUGUCAUACAAGUGUCGUGUUACACUUCUGCCUGCAGUUUCUUGCCGUCUCUGCUGGAAAGGGACACUUUGAGUUACAGACGUCUCAUGGCUAAGCCUGUAGACUGUUAGUUUUAACUUCAUUUUACUUUAGUAUGUAGGAAGGAUGUAGAACUACCUUUCGCAAGUGACAAUUGUGUUUUCCCGUAUGGAAAAGCGAGCAUUAACUAGAUGUUUUACAGUAUUGUAAGUCAUAGAUGAUCAUGUAGCACAAGUUGACAGUUUGAGUUUCAUUCUUGCUUAAAUAUCUACCAUCAGUAGUUCUUGUCAUUGGGACUGUUUGUGUCAGAUAUUUAAGCUUGGUGUCAAUUUCAUAAGGAACAUUAGGUCUUUGGUAGGACAUUUUUAUUUUUAUUUUUAAGAAUAGCAUGUGCUCUCUUUUCAUGAUGCCAGGUGUCAUGUUUACCCUGCUAAUAUCGCUCACGUUUUUAUGACAACAGUUUUCACAACAUCAUUGGCUGUCGACUGGGAAUCUAGUGUUUCUUCUAUGGAAUUCUUUAACCUCUGCACACUGGGACGCUGAAAAAAAAAAAACAAGUCAGUUGCAGAAUCCGAGUUACUGGACGACUUGGUUUAUACGGCAUCGGUGUCUUAAAGCGGUUUGGUCUUCCUGCUUUAUUCACUCAAAUGUUGUGCACGGUUAUUUGAUCCCUUGAAGUCUGUCUUCCUGGUUUAUUUGGCACAACAGCACUGUGAAUCCUACUCUUGAGGAGCCGAGUUUGUCCAGCUGUGUGUUAUACCGAUCAAACGGGUCUUCUGCUGCUCCGCGCUCAGGUUCUCAAUCUACCAAUGAAAUACCCCAGUAGCACACAGCAUGACAGUACAGAGUGAUGUAGCUUGGUAGUGGAUGUAUUUUUAAUGAUGCAGUAGGGUAGAUCCAGAACUUGACGCGUUUCUCUGUUCGUGGAAGACCAUACUGGUGGUUUUGCAUAUUGUAGCCCAUUUACUACAAAUUUUGUGUAAUGUUUUUAUUAUACACACGUUUCCAGUCUAUUAGGUACACCUUCACAAUGUAAUGCAAAUUUGCACAACAGCCCUACAAUAAAUCCUUCUCCGUUAAGCUUGCAAUGCUCAUUUUUGGUUACACUUUUUAAUCAAAAGAGGUGUUGAUUUGAUUAUGUGGUCAUGUUAGUGGUGCUGUUGAAUUGUAUUCCAUCUACUGAACGGUGUUCCUGAAAGGUUGGGAUGUCUGUAGUUCAUUGAACACACCAACAAUGAGGAGUUUGAAAAUAGUCCCUGCCUGUCAUUUCCAGUCUUAACUGUCCACUGUGAUUAGCUAGUUCCAUAUCUCAAAUUUUUCAUAUUGCACAGACAUGAAUGGAUAUCAGCAUUCUAAAAGCUCGUAAAUGGUCAGCAUUACUUUAACACUUAUGUAAUGCAUUUAAAUCAUGCAAAACCCCCGGAACAGUCUGGAUGUUUUUUUUUUUUUUUUAAAACACAAAUGAUUCUUUUACUGUACAUUGUAACAUUGAUUCUUUGUGCCUUAGGUUAUUCAGGUGUUCAAUGUUGUUGUUUUUAUGUAAGAGAACAUUGUGCAUCAUCCACCUGUAUGGCAAACACUGCAUUAACCUGAAUGGAAGAGAAUUCCCCUUCAGCUUCUUGCAGCCUACUUGGUGUCUUACAGAAUGUGUUGAGUCAUUUCAUAUCUUAUUUACUCUUUUUUUUUUUUUAGGAUCAGUGACAACUCGUGUAGCCCAUUUAUAACUCCAACAAGUGUGAUAUCGGGCACACACUUGGACAGCCGUAGCCUUCGAACCUAUGACCUGUACAACAUAAAUCUUUUGUCAAUUGGACCCAAUGGAUGUAUCUCAGUUGGACUGCUGGUAAGCAGCACGGCUGUUGUAGGAGCAGUUGUGGAAAGAUUGUGCAUUGUUUGCCAUACAGUAUCAGUCAGGGGUAUUUUGUCGUAAAAUUGAAUGAUCGAAAUGCCUUGAGAAGUGGAUACACUUUACAUUUCUGCACAAAAAGACUAAAUGACCCAAGAAAUGUAUGGAUCCAUGUUGUAACCUGUUGCAUAGACUACUCCUUUUUUAUAUUGGUUAAUUUUACAAAUGAUACAUUCAUGUCGUAUUAGAUUUAUUGUAAAUAAAAAAAAAAAUGGUGCAAAAUA